AUGAGCGUCGAACAGUUGCAUGCAAGGAGGCUGCUGUCGCACGCCGCCGCCGCGGCUGCCCCGUCGGCGGGACCGACGGCGGUGCAGGUGGAGGUGUCUGCAGCGCACACGCACGCGCACGCAGCAGCGCCCUUCAGCUCGCUGAACACGACGGUGAUCACGGUGCUGUCGCUACUCCUGUGCGGCCUGGUGGUCGUACUCGUGGUGCACGCAGUCGUCCGGUGCGCGUUCCGCGUCACGCGCCGCGUGUGCUACGGCCAGGACGAGGAGCCCCCCGGCGGCGGUGGCGGGGAUGCGUCGGCGGCGGCCUCCUCCUCCUGCCAGGCCGGGCCCAGGAGGAAGCGCGGGCCGCGAACCGGGCUGCCCCCGUGGAUAGUCUACUCCCGCGAAGUGGAGCUCACCGGGUGUGGCGCGGCGGAAUGCGCCAUCUGCCUCACGGAGUUCCUGCAGGGUGACCGCGUGCGCGCGCUGCCGCACUGCAACCACGGCUUCCACGUGCGGUGCAUCGACCGCUGGCUCGCCGCGCGGCAGACGUGUCCCACGUGCAGGCGGGCGCCGUUCGCCGCUAAACCCUCCCCCUCCCUGCCGGACAGCACGGAGGCGCCGGAGGUCCGGCAGCUUCAGGUGCACGUUGAAGCCGGGGCCCGGCAGCGGCCCGAGACUCAAUAG